UUUUAUUAGUGGCGGAGGGAUACGGCGCUGGGUUUGACAAUGUGGAAGGCUGCUAAGAUGUCUGCUCUGAGGCUGAAAUGGUCUCAGUUGUAGCGAGAAAGGGGAAAAGGGAGACGCAUGAGUCGGGGAGACGGGAAGUGAGUCAACGAAGGAGCUUAGCCGACAAAGGCUCGGUAGAUUCAAUCCAACGGGUGCGGGAGUAAAAAGGAAGAUCCCGGCUGUCUCACAGACGCCCGGGGGGAGGAGGAGGAGAAGAAAAAGAAAAAGGAGAGCGAGCGAGCGCGACGGGAGAUUCGCUUGAAGUUUGAGGGGCUUUUCGACUGUCAGUCUGUUUUCUGGUUUUGGGCGGUUAGAAGCUAAAGUACUGAGAAGGUGAAGAAAACCGUUAAGCGCACUCACAGGCAAGGCACGCUCGCUUGCUCCAGCUCGAGGGGGGCGCUUUUUUUGUAACCGUGUCGUGAAGUUCUCUCUCACCGCCCCCUUCUCCUCCUCCUCUUUAAUACACACACACACAUACACACACACUUGCGGAACGCUGAGAAGACACCGACGAAGCAAAACUUGUGGAGCGUGGGAGCAGUUGACACAUCAGUGGCAUGAAUCAGCAGCAGAGAAUGGGAACAGUGGGGACGGAUAAAGAAUUGAGCGAUCUGCUUGAUUUCAGCGCGAUGUUUGCCCCACCAUUGGCUAAUGGGAAAAACAGACCAACCACACUUGCCAGCAGCCAGUUUGGGGGUGCAGCAGGACUAGAUGAAAGGACUGGUUCAAGUUCCUGGGGACCAGGGGAGCAGAAUUCCUCCACUUUCAACCAGGGAAGGAAUUUUGGAGAGAGUUCACAUUACACUGACUCUGAAGUGCUGUCGUCUUCUACGUUCCUUACCUCUGGUUUGGUGGGUAAAUCAGACAGAGUAACAUAUCCCUUUAAUAGAGAAAGCGGAAUUCCAGGAAUCGGUCAGCCUUUCCUUGCUUCUGAUAUGGCCAUAUCAAGUCCUGAUGCUCUCUCCCCCUCAGGCCUUAAGGCUGGCUCCCCAUUUUAUAGCUCUUACCCAACCAAUCCUCGGAGACGUGUAGCUGAUAACAACAUAGAUAGCCAGCCAAAAAAGAUAAGGAAGGUUCCACCAGGACUACCUUCAUCGGUGUAUGUAUCAACAUCAGGGGAAGAAUACAACCGGGAGGGUGCUGGUUUUUCAUCUGCCAAAGGUAGCACAGUCUACCCAGGUUCAUUUUACAUGCAAGAUGGCAUGCAUGCUUCUCCAGAUCUGUGGAACACUGCAGGCACAAUUGGUCAGACUGGAUACUCGGCUAUGCUGGGAAAUGCUGUUCAUAUUUCUCAACCAAGUAGCUUCAAUAGCAUUCAUCCUCAGGAACGAAUGAAUUACCCUUUGCAUACAAGCGAGGUCAAUGGCAGCUUACCCACAGGUUUCCACUCAGGAUCAGCAGGCUACAGUGUGUCUAAUCCUACGCCCCCGCUUAAUGGGACAGACACUUUAUUAGCAAAUCGCAGCAGUCAGCCAGCAAGCUCCGGUGAUGAGAUUGGGAAGGCAUUGGCCUCAAUAUAUCCUGCAGACCACACUACCAAUAACUUCUCUUCCAGCCCCUCUACUCCAGUUGGUUCUCCACAGGGGAUUGUAGCUGCCUCUCAGUGGCCCAGACCAGCUGGCCAGACUGCCCUUUCACCAAACUACGAAGGUGGACUUCAUGCAUUGCAAAAUAAAAUGGAUGAUUGCUUGGAGGAAGCCAUUCAUGUAAUGAGAACUCAUGCUGUAGGGCAGACUGCAGGAAUCCCUGGCAGCCACGGAGACAUCCAUGGCAUUCUUGGUACAACAUCGUCAUCUACGCACAAUGGGACUGUGGGAAACCUUGCUCAGGCAUUUUCGGGUCCUGGGAUUACAAUGGUCAACAGGAACUCUUCCUUAGUUGGAAAUCACCAUGAAGAUUCUGUUGGGUUACCCAGCAGUACCACCCUGUUGCACAGUCACCACGUAUCAUUACCAUCCCAGUCUGGAACUCUUUCAGAUCUCAAUCGUCCGCAGGAAUCCUUUACUAAUCUGAGUGGUGGCAUCACACGUUCAACACUGCCUUCAAAUCCUUCUGAUAUUAAGAGGGAAGAGAAGGAAGAUGAUGAAAAUUCAAUAGUUGACAAGUCGGAGGAUGAGAAGAAAGAUCCAAAAAACUCCCGCAACAGCAGAGCUAGUAGUCAAGAUGAUGAUGAUGAUGAGGACCUUCCUGUAGAGCUUAAGGCUGAGAGAGAGAGAGAGCGGAGGGUUGCUAAUAAUGCCCGUGAACGCCUGCGGGUUCGGGACAUCAACGAGGCCUUUAAAGAGCUUGGCCGCAUGUGCCAGCUUCACCUUAGCAACGAUAAACCUCAGACCAAACUUCUAAUCCUGCAUCAGGCUGUUAAUGUAAUUCUCAAUCUGGAGCAGCAAGUGCGAGAGCGUAAUCUGAAUCCCAAAGCCGCGUGUCUAAAGCGGCGGGAAGAAGAAAAGGUCUCUGGAGUUGUAGGAGACCCCCAGUUGCAGCUGACGGGCACACAUCCUGGUCUUGGAGAGGGACAUAACCCAGUCAGCCACAUGUAAUACCUCGGUCCUUGCUGUCUGGAAUCAACUGCUUUUUUUUUUAAAGAUGUGGCCUUAAUCUGCCCUCCUCCUAACUGCCAAAACUGUCACUGCCCAGGAUGAAGAGCUCUGUCUGUCACUGCCCAGGCCCAAAGGCCCACCUCUGUCUCAGGAUUAAGAGCUCUGCCUGACCACUGUGGUGCCACUUCCCAAGGUGGCCAGUGCUCACCUGAGGUGUGUGUGUGUGUGUGUGUGUGUGUGUUUUUUUUGGUUUUUUUUGACGAGGGAAGAAUGCUUUUUUUUUUCUUUUUUUUUUUUUUUUUUAUAUAAACAAAAGUUGUAUUAAUGGAUGAUUCGUCACCCAUUGGUCAGUGGGUGGCGGAUAUUGAUGGCCUCACCACUCUGCUUUGUAAAUAAGCAGGAAUGUGUGCCUAAUUCUCUUUUUGAGCUCUUUUAUGAAAGAACAUUUUCGUAAUGCUGAGAACAAAUUUUUUAAACUGCUUAUUUAUAAGCAACUCUAUAUAUAAAUAUAUAUAUAUAAAAUAUAUCUUUUUUUAAUGUACAAGUUUGAAAUCUUUUCUGUACUGCAUUCCCAGCAGAAAAGGAGCCAUGUUAAGACAUUUUCAGAAUGGACUCAUAACCUCUGGUGUGCAAGUUGCUGCACAUUGAAGGAAAGCCAUUAGAGACUGGACCAUGUGCGUAUCUCCUUGGCGCAUUUUGGGAGUAACAAAAGAAAUGCCUGCCACUUUACAUUUGGGCAUUUUAUGUGGGUGUUGGGAUUGUCAAGUGCCCUCAGCGAGAGCAUGAAGGAAGCCUCUCUGCAUAGUGUGUUUACGCGCUGCUGCGAUGGUCAAUGGUGUUGCUGCUUUGAUCAUAUUACAACACCAAGAUGGACGUUUGGAUUCCAUACAUCUCCCACCCCUAAAAGAAAGAGCACCCACCCCCACCUUCCUCAUUCAUAAGGUAGACUCCUGCAUCUUGGGCUCCAGUUACUGGUCUCUGUAAUCCUGCAUUGUUGGACUCCGAAUACACCACUUUCGUCCUCAAAUUUCUGCCCCAUGGACUAUGACUUGGUUUGUAAUGGUACACAGCACACUUUAAGUUCAAUAUCCCAAUAUUUGAGAUGAGCAGAAAGUCCCUGUAAUUAUUGUACCUUUUUUAGGUAACGGACGGAUUUUUUUUCUUUUCCUUUUAAACUGACUGUAAGGUCUUUGGGCCUGUUUGAGCACUAGGUGGGGGUGGGUCACAGUGGACUUAAGGUGCAUAAUGGAGGAUGUGAUGUUUACCUAGCCCCUUCACAGAAUGACAUUGAUGUGAUCAGAGUGGUCAGUUGCAUCUUCUGUACUGACACCUGGAAGGAGCCAGAUACUAAAACAGAGCAGUAGAGAGCCAAGCAAAUGUGCCAUCACUUCUA